UGUAAAAGUAUGGUAUUCAUUUUAUCAUACUGAUUUUAUUCUGAAACGUGUGAUAGCGUUAUAGUGCGUAAAGUUGUUUUAUUAAUAAAAAUACGUGUUAAAUAAUGUUGGCAACGGUUAAACAUUUGCUAGCGCAAAAGCGUAUUGUAUUAGCAAGCAGUUCUCCUCGACGGCAGGAGCUUGUAAAGUCCAUUGGACUCAAUAUUGAGUUAUGUCCAUCUAACUUUGAAGAAAAUUUGGACUAUCAUGAAUUCAAGGAAUUCGCUGGCUUUGUUGAAGCUACUGCUGAUGGCAAGGCUGAAGAGGUGUAUCAACGCUUGCAUGCCGCUGAUCCCACAUCAGAUUUACUAGUUAUAGGCGCCGACACAAUGGUCACGUUAGGUGAUGAAGUUUAUGGCAAGCCAAAGGAUGCUGCCGAUGCUGUUCGCAUGCUGACUAAUCUUGCAGGCAAAUGUAAUCGCACGCAUACGGGUAUUGCGCUGCGUCACAGUAAAGGCAGUCGACAUUUUACAGAAACUACUGAUGUCUACUUCGGUGAAUUAAGCAAAGAACAAAUUCAGGACUAUGUUGAUAGCGGCGAACCGCUCGAUAAAGCGGGCGCCUAUGGCAUACAAGGAAUUGGUGGCUCCUUAAUUGCUAAAAUUGAAGGUGAUUAUUAUUGUGUUAUGGGCUUGCCAUUACAUCGUCUGUGCAAGGAAAUAUGUGCUUUGCUUGAGGAAACCGAAAAUGGUUGCUCUGCCGAAAAGAAAUCAAGAAAAGAGUGAUGUAGUGAAUGACAGAUAAUGCAAUAUUUGUUCUCUGCCGCAGAUAUUCAAUUUUAAUACAAAAGUCAUACAAGCUAAAUUUACAAAAGAUCUCAGUGAAUUAUAAUUAAAAUGACAAAAUUAUUAAAAUGAGAAUCUAUGAGAAAAAUUA